GCCUGCCAACUUCACCAGUGACCUACGUGUAACAAAUGACAAUUACAAUUUUUCAUCUUCAUUUGUUGUGAAAAUCGGUAUAGUCUGAUCACAAUCAUGUUUAAAAAGAUGAAAAAGCAGAUAGAGGAGAAGGAGUCAAAGUCUCCUCUUCGUCCUCCAGACCAAAAGAAGGGAAUAAACCAGCCUGUCAAGUCCCCUGGUGUUGGGAAUACCAGUACUAGUUCCACUCCGUCUUCAACACCAGAAUCCAAACACGAUCGGGACUCCCUAAACUCCAGAAGACCCCAGACUCCAAAUGAUAAGACACCAACCGGUGCUGAAGCCAGACCCAGAACCCCCUCUACCAGUACUAGUCCAGGAACCCCAAACCAAGGACCUCGGUCACAGAUCAAUACAUCAUCAGCACCUGAGGCCGAACAAGCCAUCAUCAAGCAAUCUGCUUCCCUGGAGAAUGCUGCCACCCCACCCAGGUCUAAGCAAGCUGCACCCCCUUCCUUGGGGGAAAGCCCCCUCUUUCCCCAAUACCAGGCCCCAGCCAGUGUCUAUGAAGCCCCCUCUGAUACAGAGAGUGAGAUGGAGGAUGCGGGCUUGAGUAUGGAUGCUAUGAGGAAGGAGGAGCUCUUUCAACGUUACAAGGUUAUGGAGAGAAGCUUGGGGAAAUACAAGGGCAGAUACAAGGAGGUGACAAGUGCUUACAGAGACUUACAGAAGGAAAAUGAAAAAAUUAAGAAUAUCAUGACACAAACUCAGGAUAAAGCUCUGAGGAGAAUAUCAGAACUCAAAGAGGCAGCUGAACUGGACAGGGGAGCCAAAGUCCACAUGGAAGAAACAUUCCGGUUAUCUCUCGAAGAGAAAGAUGAGAUGGUUAAAGUACUACAAACACAGGUUAAAUUAUUGAAAACAGGAAAGGUUGUUGAUGAUGUAGAUGGUGCUGAUAGACCCCCUGCAAGCCCCUCUACUCCAGGUGAAGGGGAUGCAGCUACUACUGAAACAGUCAAUAACCUCAAAGAAAAGGUCAAACGAUUAGAGACAUUACUUGGGAAAUGUAAGGAAACCAUUGGCAAGAAUAAAGAGAGAACCGCUCAGCUUGUGAGUGAGAAGGAUGCUACAUCAAAAGAACUUGAACAACUGAAAAACACUGCCCUCUUCUGUUACUCACUACCUAAUUGA